GUUACUUUGGCCUGAGAUGUCAAACAUUUACAAGGGGUCAAAAAAAAUAUAAAGGAAACGGAGAAACGGAUCUGGUUUUACCGAGGCACUUCAGGUAAUUACGCGGCGUGCACAAGUCAGCAGGUCAGCGGAUUCAGUCGGUGGGUCAACAGCUCAAGCUGCCAAGCAGUCACAGCUCUCUGCGUCACCGAUUUCAGACAAUAAUAAUAUUAACCAAGAAGAGAUAUACCUUUGCGAGUAUAUACAUCUGAAAUGGAAAGCCAACGUAAUACCGUCAACCACCGACGCGGAGCUCGUCCGAGCGUGGGCUAUCUGCUUUUCCAGUACCAGAGCGAGCUGACCCGCCGUCAUGCGGAACCCACGCGGCUGUCCCGCACCAAGAUCCACAUAAUCGAUGGCCUGGUAAACCGCACCAUCCGCCACAUGAAGCACUGCAGCAUGGAGGACCUGAAGGCCUGCAAGAGGGAGCUCGUCUACAAGGAGCAGCUGCGCGAUCAGCUUAGGAACAUGCGACGCAAGCGGUCCUCCUCCGCCAGCAACACCGAGAUAAGUGCCAACACCACAUCCACUGGCUCCACUGUCAGUGUGAAGCCGCCGAGCACUCCCCCCAAACCGCGAUCCUCCACGGGCGGACCCUCCAAGAUGGACAUCUUCGGGCCAGAGAUCUUUGUCUGAGUCCAGCCUAUUCUAUUGCAAUUUUAAAUUCACUAGUUUAGCACAACAUUUUACCUUAAUUGUUGACGAUUAAAAAUCAUAGAACAUGAUACUAUACACAUAAGUAAAAGAACAAAAAUAUUUAGAGAAAUAAAUGAAAUUUUGAAAAUUA